AUGUCGGAAUCUCAAGACAUUGAAUCUGUUUGCGAGACCAUCGAGAAAGACUAUUCGCCGUGCGAUGUAUCAGAUGCCCUCCUCAAACUCGGCAUACCAUCAGCAGGCUACCUACGAGACAUCGUCCCCCUCCCCACCCGUCUAGGCUCCCACACCCGCAUCGUCGCCCCGAUCAGCACCGUCCUCUUCGUCGACAAAACCCACAAACCCGGUUCAACAUACCGUGGCCUCGACGUCCCUUCAGAGACUAACCUCCCACCCGACAAACACUUCACGGACAUCGCCCCAUCUGGUUCAGCAGUAAUCAUGCAACAGCCCUCCCACCAGACCGCCGCGCUCGUUGGAGACAUCGUCGCCACGCGCUUCAAAGUCCGUGGCAUCAGUUCCAUCGUCAUCGACGGCCGGGUUCGUGAUGUGGUUGGGUGUGGCGAGCUGUGCAAGGAUGAUAAGCUGCAGGUCUGGUCGAAAGCUAUUUCGAGUUCUGGGACGAGUCUGGAGGCGAAGCCGUGGGCGGUGGAUGUGCCGCUGAGGAUUGGGGAGGUUGUGGUGAAGCCGGGGGAUGUGUUGGUGGCGGAUGAGGGGGAGAUGGUUUGUUGUGUGAUUCCCAAGGAGAGAUUGGGGGAUGUGAUGGGCCUGUUGCCAAAGCAUAAGAAGGCGGACGAUGGCUUGUUGCAAGAUGUGCAGAAUGGAAUGGGCUUCAAAGAAGCCAUCAAGCGGUGGCCUGGACAUUAUACCAAUCACUGA